GUGUGUGUGUGUGCACUGGGUAACUGCAGCAGCAGCAGAGGAGCUCGGUGUUUCGUCGCGGACACACGGAUUCAGAGGAUUUCUGUGGAGUCCGGUGAGCAGUCAGACUGAAGACAACUGGAGGAUAAUCAAACAGGCUGCAUCUGCUUACUGCUUGGCCUGAAUUCUCACAUUUUUGUUCAACAAAUCGAGUGCAGUCGAGGCUGAGCUUGGACCCAGGUCUGUCUGUCAGACAUGGGAGACCAGAGACCAGUCCAGCAGCCUCUCCUUCUCCUGCUGCUGCUCCUGAUGCUCCUCGCCAGGAUGUCACAGCUGUGGGCCUUCCCCUUCAGCCCGUCCCUGGACCUGGAUGUCACUCCCAGGAUGACUGUCUUCUUCAAAGGUCUGUUGGGCAGCAACCGUUUCACCGGCUCGUCCCAGAACUACAGCACCCUGCUGCUGGAAGAGGACGCCGGGCUGCUCUACGUGGGAAGCAGAGGAGCUUUGUACGCGCUCAACACCACCAACAUCUCCACACCUGCAAGCCCCACAAUUGAUUGGGAUGCUUCCCCUGAACAGAAGAAGCAGUGUCUAAACAAAGGCCGAGACAAUCAGACGGAGUGUUACAAUCACGUCCGCUUUCUGCAGCGGUUCAAUGAGACUCACCUGUACGUCUGCGGAACAAACGCCUUCAGACCUCUUUGUGCUUAUGUAGAUGCAGAGCGGUUCACCUUCUCCUCGGGCUUCGAGGAGGGCAGAGACAGGUGUCCGUAUGACCCAGCGAAGGGGUACACUGGCCUCCUUGUAGACGGCGAGAUGUUCACGGCCUCUCAGUACGAGUUUCGCAGCUCUCCGGACGUACGGAGGAAUUCCCCCUUCCCCACGCUCAGGACGGAGGAGGCUCCCACCCGGUGGCUUCUGGAGGCAAAUUUCGUGGGCUCUGUGCUGCUGAAGGAGAGCAUCAACAGCUCUAUCGGCGACGAUGACAAGAUCUACUUCUUCUUCACGGAGAGGAGCCAGGAGCAGAUCGCCUACCCGAGCCAGACCAAGGUGUCCAGGGUUGCCAGAGUCUGCAAGAACGACUGGGGUGGCCAGAGGACCCUGCAGAGGAAGUGGACCACCUUCCUCAAGGCCAGGAUGGUGUGUUCAGUCCCAGAAUAUGAGCUGCACCUCAAUAUCCUGCGCAGUGUUUUUGUCCUGCAGGGUCGUGACGCUCAAAGCAGCAUUUUCUACGGUGUCUUUGGCCUGGAAUGGAAGAAUAUCAAAGCGUCUGCGAUCUGCCAGUACGCCUUCUCGGAUGUGCAGAAGGUGUUCGACGGGCCGUACAUGGAGGUGCAGGACUCAAAGUGGAGGGAGUACACCGGGAAAGUUCCAGAGCCAAGACCUGGAUCGUGUAUAACAGAUGUGCACAGGUCCCAGGGUAUCAACUCAUCUCGAGACCUCCCGGACAACAUCCUCACUUUCGCCAGAAGGCACCCGCUCAUGGCCAAGCAGGUGCACCCGAUCGGGGUGCGCCCCCUCAUGUUCAAGAGGAGUGUCAACUAUGUCAAGAUAGCCGUGUACAAGGAGACGGCGCUGGACAGAAAAACUUAUACGGUGCUGUUUCUGGGAACUGAUGACGGGUGGCUGCACAGGGCUGUAGACAUCGAUGGAGAAACACAUAUCAUAGAAGAGUUACAGCUGUUUGAGAAACCGCAGCCCGUUGACAGCAUGGUCAUAUCGUCCGCUCUGCGGAGUAUCUACGUCGGCUCUCGCUCCGGAGUCGUACAGGUACCGAUGUCGGCCUGCCGGAGGUACGCUUCCUGUUACGACUGCGUGUUCGCCCGAGAUCCGUUCUGCGCCUGGGACGGGAAGGCGUGCGUGGAAAUAUCCACACGUACACAGAGGUCAAACCUAACCCAGGACAUCGCGAGAGGAGUCAGGGGCUGUAAGGAGAACUCAGGAAAUGUGUUCCAUCGGAGACGUUCGGUGAUGGCCGGCGACGACGUGCUUCUCCAGUGCGAGCUGCGCUCCAACUUGGCAACGCCUCGCUGGACGCUAAACGGCAAAGAACUCCAGGGAUACGGCCUCAAUUCGGGCUACCGCAUUGGCACCGAUGGUCUCCUCAUAAUCGGAGCUCGCUCCCAGCAGAGCGGGUCCUAUCGCUGCUUUGCCGUCGAGAACUCUGCCUCAGUCCUGGUUUAUCUUUACACAGUGAGGGUGCACACGGACUCGUACUACCCCGUGGAGCCCACAGACACGACUAUCCCCGCUACAGUUUCCAGCCCGACUGUUUUCUCCACCAGCAGCCCCACUGAGCAGCCUCUGCCCUCACCUCCCGCCCCUCUGCCUGCAGGAGCUGAGUUCCAGACCUACAGACACAUGGAGGCCGUGUACAUUUCUUUGGUAGCGGUUCUCGGAGGGCUUUGCUUGGUGCUGACCGUGGUGCUGCUUUACGUGAGCUUCUGCACCAGACGGGCCCCUCAGAGCAGAAAGUUCUCCCAGCAGCAGCUGCACGUCCUGGGGAGCUCUGAGAGAAAGAGGAGCUCCCAUCUUGAGCUCAGAACCAUCUCCAGCCACUGCAACGGACGCCAAGGUCGUCGGUCCAUCUCGGUGCCGACCUUCGGCGACUUGGGCGACAGCUUCCUCCAGAUAAUUCCAUGCGACGACGAGUUGUCUCCAUCCAAGACGCCUCCCCCUGCGCCUCCUCUUCCCCUGCCUCCCCCGCUGCCCAACAUGGACUACGCCAACGGUUUGUCAGCCACUCUGCCCAGCGUCCUGAGGAAGAUGAACGGGAACAGCUACGUGCUGCUGACUCAGGCCGACUCUGAGGGCAUGUCGCCGCUCUACCACUCCUUCACGGAGGAGCUCAACAGGAUCCUGGAGAAGAGGAAACACACACAGCUGGACGUGCAGCCUGAUGAGAGCUCCAUCUAGGACGCCCAUCUACAGUUUUUUGCCCUACAGUUAUUUAUUUUUACCCCAACGGUGACCCGCAGUCGCGGGGGGAACUGACUGUUGUAUCAAACGCUGCUGUUAUUUACCCAGUGUCAGAGUACCUGCAGGUCGUGUCCUAACCUGAUCUGAAAUGUGUAGCCUCCUGUGUCUCCCGUGACAAAUGGCCCAUGAUUUCACUUCAACAAUGGACCACGCUAACCAUGAGACUCAUGAACUGCACUGUUACAAGAUGGCCAUGAGUAAGAGAGCUUAAUGAUGCUACCUCAGUGUAGACUCUCUGGAGACACAGAAAGGCAAAGGUGCGGAGUGGGACAUGGGUUUAAAAAAAAUAAAUAAAUCAGGGGUUAGGGUUAGAAGUUCAGGAAGUUUUUAGUGCCAUGUAACAUAAGCCCCCCUCUAUGGAGCCUGAAGUGAUACUCCACCUAAAAAUCUAACUUAUGUGUAUCUUUUCUUUCUCCGAACAUGCCGGCCUGUGUGUUUUGAUGUUUCUGUUCCUGCGGUUUGAUUAACCGCCGCCAUGCAAAGUCCUGCUGUGAAGCUGAAGGUUAUAGUGUCUGUUUCAGCUUGCAGGCUUUCUUUAGUUUUGGGCAGUGGAUGGAUAGUGAAGCCAGUUCAUCCUUUUUAGGUGUCAUCCCGCCUCCAGUUUGGUAAUUAAACCCUCCAUUUGUAACGUCCAAGCUGACCCUCCAGUCUCCUACAAAUGCACUAAUCUACCAAACUAACGGAUUGCUCGUAUCACAUGGAAGCAUCCAACAAGCAGGGAAGAAAUUGAUGCUACUCGUGAGCCCAAGGCGACGUCUUCGAAUUGGUCGAACAGCCUAAAAACUCCAGUUAAUCACCUUCAGUUGUCAUGAAUUCAAUCUGACUGCAAACCUCUGUUCAGGGGAAAGUCUCUUCAAACCCACAGGAGGUGACAGGAGGUGACAGGAGGUGACAGGAGGUGACAGGAGGUAUCCGAUACUCUAAAGUUAAGUUUUCACGUGGUGGAGCGUCGCUUUAAGAAGGCAGAUCUGUUACAGUGCUUGAGAGCUCAGGUGGUAAGACAAAGCGUACGUUUCAGUUUCUCUUCAUCUUCCUCUGUUCUCAUGUAAAUUGCAACACUUGCAUCACUGUUGCAGCCAUCGGUGACAAUGUGUGCCGGUUCCAGUGGAAAACACUCGUGGCAAAACCGUGAAACAUUCAUCUGUGUGGAAAAAGGAGAUGCAUCUGUACGACAGUCUAUUAAAGAGCAUUAAACGAGGAGUCAGUUUGUGGUCAGAUCGAUUGAAUCCAAUGAAGACCACAGACUGGCUUCAGGAAAGGAAACAAACAAGCUUAUUUUUAGUUUUACGUUCAUGCAGCUUAUCAUACUUUGUCAGACAUUCAUUGCACCUUGGAGAUUUUGCUUUCCCCUGAGACAUCAAGACUGCAGUUUUAUCCGAAAGUCAGAUUAAAACACUAGAUUACUUCAAAAUGAUGUUGCAAAGAGACAAAUGUGUGAAUCACAGAUACAGAAGUGAAAAAAGCUGCUGGUGGCAGAGCAAAGACGACCUUCACACAUGCGUUUACCUGACAUCGGAGCAAUGCCGAAACAACAAAAAGUUGUAGAGCCUACAGUAUUAGUAUUUCCACGUCAAGGUGAACCGCGCUGUGAUUAAAUAUCACGUGUAUAACUUAGAGGGAAGUGACAGAAAUGAAUCUCUGAGUGGUUUGUAAACGUGUCACGGCCGGUUGUAAAUAAAAAUCCGUCUUUGCAGCAAAGUGUUGAAUCAGCUCUUGUCGCGGCAGCAGCCCUCCACGGUGACUCGCAGCGUGCAUUUGUCAGGGAGUCGCUGACAGUAACAGCGGUACUUGGCUCGCCUCUGUGGACGGGGAAGCGAGGGGGGGGGUCUUGUCUGUUUGCAUAGAGUGCUGUCGUCCCUGUAGGUAGAAGCAGACAGAAAACAUUUGACCUCAGUGUCCUGGUUAGCCAUGCAGGAAAUAGAUGAUGAUACAAGGAGACAGGAGCUAUUUUGCACUUGCAGGUCUCCUUGUGAAAAGACAUUAUGUUGAACCUUUUUUUGAUGAAGAAAAGUCUAGGAAAUGCACUUUAUGCAGACUGAUAAAUGUCCCGGUCCAGAUGGAAGAACUCAUUGUGAUUCAAACAAAUCACUCGACUGCUUGCCUGCUUACUUUCUUGCUUAUGAGGCUCUUUUUUAAAAAUCUUUGCACAACAACUUUUUGUGUGCUGAGUGCAACACAAUGAAUACCGUCGAGGAGAGGCGGUCCAAAAGUGUGCGUCCUUAUCCCUAUUUUUUUGUAGGAUUCAUAGUGUGAUGUCCAUCUCGGACAGCAACACCUUUAGACGUGUUAAAAUGACACAUGAUAUGAAGUUACACGCAUACUGAAACUGAAUUUGUGUUGAAUGAUUCGGUCAGUUUUUACCAGAAAGGGUAAGUUUUCGACUUUUUACUAAUCGCACAGUAUAAAUUUGUUAGCCCACUGUUUAGUCUGUUCUGCAUUAUGUUAUUUCAUAAUAUCACACAUGAUUUAUUACAAAUAGAUCUGUUUAAAUAUAUAAGAAAUCUUUUUAAUGUCUGUUAUCAUUUCAUUAGAAGCUUUGGUCCCAUUUCAAACCCUGAGUAAAUUUAGUAUAAAUUCAUUACAUUCGACUAAAAUUGCUAUAUUCCUCACCGUAUACCUCUGUGUUCUCAAGUAACAUUUACAUCUUGGCUGUGGCACAAGCCAAGGGAUGUGUACUUUCAUCAUUUGUUCCAUCAUUUCUAUAGAUGACGUCAAAUAUGGGCAUUAUUUGAUUUGGAGCUGAACGGACGAUUUCACGAUAUGCAGACGACAUGCUGUUAUACAUUUCAGAUCCCACUUAUCUGGACACUGUUUCCUAUGUGUUGAAUUUGGGUGACGGUGAAUUUCAAACUUCUCCCACAUCUCACAGUUUAAGUUUAAGUUUCUCUCUAAAUGUUUAUUUGUCACUGCCGUUCGACCCGGAUGACGAUACGACUGGACGUGUCGGCAGAAGCUACAUGCCUUUUUUUUUUAGCCCUUUCACUCGUUCUCAUCCUCAUCUUCAUUCCUCCCCUCUCUCCCUCUCUGCUGCCUCUUCUGUUUUCCCGUCUCAUCACCUCCGAAUGACACCAUCAUCUAUUACUCUCUCCGCUCACAUCCACACUCUCCGAACGACCCUGCUGAGUUUACAAAAUAGCCACGAUGGCCCCCAAUCAAUUAGAACCGAUUUUCAAAGUAAGAGAGUUUGUGUCUGUGAAAGAAAACCACUGGAGGUAUCUGCCAUAGAUUAGCAUUAGAUGAUGAUAUGAUUUUGUGAAGUAGUAGUCACUGCAUGCAGAAUCAGAAAGCUACCAACAGUGCUCAGACAUUCAUUCAUUUUAUUUCAAAGUUGUGAAGAAAUGUUUGUGUUCUGUUGCAAGUUUGAAAGCUGUACUUUCAGUUUGACAUGUUAUUGUAUUUAUCCGUGUAUUAUAUGAACGCUUUCCCUCAUCGUCAAGUCGUGGACAAUCCUUAACAAAGCUUUGUCUAAGUCUGUAACCACUCCUGCUGCUGCUGCUGCUUCAUUCUCACUAAAGGACAAUCUGUUUACAAUAGACACUGGCUCUGCACUGUAUAUUGUACCAUGGACUUUUAAACAUACAGUAUUUGCUACCAGUUUUACAUUCACCUUGUGCACAUGGUCCCACAGUGAAGCACUUGUUUUAUUUACAUCGCGCUGUGUCAAUAUGCAAGAUACAGCAUGUUUUAUGUAGAUGAUUUCUCUAGGUGUUUGCCAAAGAAACUGGUUUCACAAUUUGCACUGUUCUGUAGCUUACUCUGUUUGAAGUAAUGUAGUACACACUUGUAAACUGUGACGCUUUCCAUCCAGUCGGUUCUGUGUGUUCUCCUGAUGUAGAUAACGAACUUCUCUGUGUUCUUCUAGCUGAAGUGACACCCCUUGCUUCUUGUUAGAUUAGUUUAAUCACCUGAGCUUGUUCACAGAAAGGACUUUUAAAA